AUGGAUAACAACGACGCGAAUCAAGAGUGGAUUCCUGAUCACUACAAAGCCCCCUCCGGUAUUCCAGACCAGGAUACGGAGACUCCCGGUUGGAGCAAUCCGAGUCAAUCUUACGUUGACAACGAUAAUCAAUACAAUCACCGCAGUCAACCAGCCCUCCCGAGUGGACCGACUAUGGAUGAUACAGCCUCUAAUCAUCCCGACCAUGGAAACCUGAAUUUCUACGAUCAGGAAAUAUCCGGUCAAGCGGCUAGUAUGAAUGCGUAUUCAACUAACCAUGACGCCAACAACCUUUUCCAGGCUAACCAGAGCACUACAAGCCAGGGGGCGAUUCAACCUGACUCCAUGGAACACCAGUUAGCGUUCAACUCAGCUGUCACAAAUUAUGGUAUCUUGAUUCCGCAGCAGUCUGCAAACCCGUCCCAUUUUCCGGCAUUUUACCCCAGUAACCCUCCCGCUCAUGAAACAACAUCUGCUCCUAUGACUGGUACUCAGACUGGAGGUAUCAAUAUUCAAGAAGGAGCUGCCCAGGGCCACGCCGAAGAGAAACGCUUAGCGUGUCAAGAGCCCAAUUGUACUUACAUGACAAAAGCGGGAGCCAUGACCCCCAAGGGCAAUCUGAGAGAGCACGUAAUGUUCAUUCACUGUGGUGAUCGUUGCAUGUUUCCACAAUGUAGCAUCCCAGUGGUAGGAGUUAGAUCAGUCCGCGACCAUCUCAAGAAAGCUCAUCCAGCCAUCAAAGUUGAGGGCAAGUAUAAGUGCCCGUGGCCAGGAUGUAAGAGGUCUAACGUGAAGACGCUGUCGAGCGCUCGUCGUUGCGUCUUUACGCAUAAUCACCAUGAGUUUCAUCGCCUGAAUCCGCAACAGCUACAGCCGACAGCACAUCGACCUGUUAUUACCACGGGCCAAACUCCCGUAUCUGUUUUGGUGCCAUCAGCUAUGCAGAACAUGGCUGCAUCAGUGCCUGUCAUUCAUGCAGGACAUCCUACAUCAGGUCCUAUAUCAUUCCCGGUGCCCGGUAUACCAGCCGCACAGACCCAGCAGCCUACAGCGGACUACUCGUCGUACUUGACUCAGUCCUCAGCACCUACUCAAGUGCAACCGCAUACGGUAGAGUAUCCUUCGAAUGCAAGUAAUUCGAUACCAGCCAGUCAAUUGCAACAAUUUGCCGCCAUCUCUCCCUCUAGCAUCGACCCCAACGUGCCGGCGCCCCGCAUGCAGCAGCCCUCAACCGGUUAUUGGCCUUCGGCAUUAGGACAAACUUGGUCUCCUGAUGACACAACACAUCCUUCCUCAUGCUCAUCGACCACGGCCCUCCCUGCUGGCCAGAAUUGUCAGCCUGUAUCGGCUAGUCCUUCUCGUGAGAUGGCACUGGAAAAAGAGUUGGAGAAAGCGUUUGAGGAAGAUUAUGAAGAGGAGUCAGACAAGAAGCUUAGGAAGGGACUUGAGGAGUAUCUAGGCGCAACGCCGCAAGAAAACUAG